UUCUCCAGAGUCCCGCCAUUUCUCUUUCAGCUCCGAUCACCGCAAUAGUUAAACCCUAGAAAAAUUGGGCGGAAUGGAAGGCGCCGGCGACGACGGCAUCUUACAAUACUUCAAGGAAGGAGCUGCAAUCGAGAUAAAGAUCGACGACGACGGAUUUCGCGGGUCUUGGUACGAGGGCACCGUGCUUGGGGCGCCGGAAGACUUAUCCAGCAGCGUUCUUGUGAUGUACACAACUUUGGCGGAGAACCACAAGGGAAAGCGGGCACUUAGGGAGCCGCUGAACUUGGUGCAGCUGCGGCCGUCGCCGCCUCAGGAGAACCGCCCUUCCUUUAAGAUCAACGACGAAGUGGAUGCUUACUACUACGACGGGUGGUGGGUGGGGAAGAUCACCCAAACUUUUAGGGGUAAAUAUCUGGUGCACUUCCCCCUGUGGAAGGAGCAGCUGCCCUUCACCGCUUCGCAGUUGAGGCUGCACCGCGACUGGAUCAAUGAGGAGUGGGUCCUCCCUUCGAAAAAUAAAACUCCAUCACCGUCUAAAGCGGUGAUUGAACACAACUUUAACAAAGGAGACCGUGUGGAAGCCAGAAGCGAUGACGAUGGUUUUCAAGGUGUUUGGUUCCCUGCAAUUGUUUUGGGGAAAAAAGAGGCUGGCAAAUAUCUAAUUGACUGCCCACAACUGGUGAACUGUGAUGAAACAGGCCUAUUUGAAGAAGAGGUCGAUGGACUCCGUUUAAGGCCACGCCCUCCUGAUGGUGAAGUCCCUGGAAGAUUAAAAUAUAACGAAAAAGUUGAUGCUUUCUUAAACGAUGGGUGGUGGGAGGGGAAGAUCACCCAAACAUUGGAGGAAGCGGAUAGAUAUCAGGUGUUAUUGGACAUGACAAAGGAGCAUCUUUCCUUCACCUCCUCGCUGUUGAGGCCUCACCGUGACUGGGUCAACGAGAGGUGGGUCCCCCCUUUGGAUCCCUCCUCCUCGUACAACGCUGAUUUCUAUCCUGAAGUGGAAGCAGUGACUGAACAUAACUUUAACUCAGGAGACCAUGUUGAAGCCAUGAUUAAUGAAGAUGCUUUUUAUGGUGCUUGGUUCCCUGCAAUUGUUCUUGAGGAAACAGAGGCUGACAACUAUAUGAUUGUGUACAAACCAAUGAUGAAUGAUGAUGGCACAAGCCUCUUGAGAAAAGAAACUGAUGGACUCUAUUUAAGGCCAAGCCCUCCUGAUGUUGGAGUCACUGACAGAUUUCAAGUUAACGAAAAGGUUGAUGCUCCUUACAAUGAUGGUUGGUGGGUUGGUACGAUUACGAAGGUUCAAAGAAGAGGAAGAUACUUCGUAUACUUUGAGACGCCUGACAAGGAGUUAAUGUAUUAUCAUUCUCAGUUGCGGGUGCAUCAGGAAUGGAUAAAUGGCGAAUGGCAUAUUGCCGCCAAGUGCAGGAUCCCAAGUCUUCAUAGCGGCCUUUCUUGUGCAAAAAGUGUAAAUGCUUUAACCCUCUGCUUCAUUUUCACUGGUAUCAUAUUUUCAAGGCAGUGCCACCAGUGGAAUCUGAAUCUUCUGCUUCCAUGUAUAAGCUUACCAUAGCUAUUCUAGUGCCUUCCAAAUCCUGAUUUUGUUAAAUUUUCUUCUUAUGUUCU